CGUUAAUCCACCAUUUGUUCAUUAAGGCAUGGCUUUGAUAGUACCAAACACGGUUCCGUUUUCUUGCUCUGUGGAACCAAACAAGACUUCGAUGUCUUUCCGUUCGGAUUUUCUCUGUCCGAUCACUUCGUCGAGGACCCAAAAAAAUGCGAAAAAGUUUAUAGCAAGCUACGGUUACGCUCCAGUUUCCACCCCCUUGGAAACUUCUAAUGAUCAAAUCUCUGAUUAUAUAUGCGUAGCGGAUGAGGAGAAGAUGGUUAAGAAGAAGCUAAGGAGUACACUGAGUGAAAAAGGAGAGCCUACGCUUGAGACAUUGGAGAUGGUCGAUGCCAUUCAACGUCUAUCCAUCGAACACCAUGUUUUCAUCGAAAUUAAAGAGACCCUUCGAAAGCUUCACAUGCAACGGCAUAGAUAUAACUAUCAUGGCCGAGAUCUUCGUGAAGUUUCCCUUUGCUUUCGCCUCCUGAGACAGGAAGGUUACCACGUUUCAGCUGAAAGCCUGUUCGGAGAUUUCCAAGACAAGGACAGAGGAUUCAAAGGAGAGCUCGAAAACGAUAUAAAGGGUUUGUUGGAAUUGUUUGAAGCUUCGCAACUAAGCAUAGAAGGUGAAGAUAUACUCGAAAACGCCCGAGAAUUCGCGGGUAAUAACCUAGUAAGACUUUCUUUGAUCAGAGAGAGUUAUCAAGGACGGGUAAUAACGGAUGUAUUGCACAAACCAUACCAUAAAACCUUAUCAAGAAUAACCGCCAAGCGAUUCAUCGAAGUGAUCGAUGUUGUCCACGGAGGAAAAGAGUGGUUGCAGUCCCUACUACAAGUGGCUGAGAUCGACCAAAGCUUGCUAAAGACACUGCAUCAAGAAGAAGCUUCUAUAAUUCUCAAAUGGUGGAGAGAGCUAGGCCUAACAGGGGAAGUGAGAAAGGCAAGAGACCAGCCUUUGAAAUGGCACGCAUGGACCGUUGCAGUCAACCAAGAUCCAGGCUUAUCACAGCUAAGGGUUGCCAUGGCGAAAGUGAUACCGCUUGUUUAUAUAUUAGACGAUAUUUUCGACGUCUAUGGUGGAAUAGAUGAACUCACCAUCUUCACACAAGUUGUUGAGAGAUGGAACUAUGGUGACCUUGAGAAGCUACCGAAUCACAUGAAAGUGUUCUUCAAGACUCUAGACAUGAUCACGAUGGAGAUUAGCCACAAGAUCUACAAAGAACAUGGAUGGAACCCAAUCAAAUCUCUUCAGAAAUCGUGGGCGAGAUUGUGUGAAGCGUUCUUGGUGGAAGCGAGGUGGUUUGAAUCGGGUUACUUGCCAAACAAGGAAGAGUAUCUUGAGAACGGGAUCGUGAGUUCAGGAGUACAUUUGGUGAUGCUCCACUUCUUUUAUCUGUUGGGUGAAGAAAUCACCGACGAGAAAGCGGAACUAAUGGAGAAUAACCCAAAGAUCGUAUCGUCGGUAGCUACAAUUCUCCGACUUCACGACGAUCUCGGAAGUGCAAAGGACGAGAAGCAAGAUGGGUUUGAUGGAUCAUAUGUGAGAUGCUACGUGAAUCAGCAUCAAGGAUCGACAGUUGAAGAAGCAAGAACACAUUCCCUCCAGAUGAUUUCCGAGGCAUGGAAGCGUUUGAACGAAGAGUGUCUGAAUCCGAAUCCAUUCUCCGGUUCGUCCUUUGCCAAAGCUUGUCUCAACGUCGCAAGGACUGUUCCUCUUAUGUACACUUACGACGGCGACCAUCGUCUCCCCGGUCUUGAUGAUUAUCUCAAGUCACUUGUGUCGGACAGGUUUAAUCCAUGUUAAUUUGUUUCGUAAAGUCUAAACUUAUAUCUAGGACAAUUUCAAUUGUGAUCCCAAAGUAUAAAAUCAAGACGUAUAUUGUGAUACUCACAUGUAACAGACAAAGUAUAAAGUAUAAAAUCAAAACGAGUCAUACAAG